UAAAUAAUUUAUUAGUUUAAUAAUAAAUAAAAUUCCGCUCCAUAAAGUCAGUUUAAAGAAAUGAUCGAAUUUUAUAAUAAAAUGUAAUUAAAGUGAAUACUUUCAGCAAAAUAAUAACGCGUAAAUAAUAUAAAUAUAAGAGACACUUUGUAUGAUAUUUCAGUCAUGUCACAACUGUCUGCACUCGAUGGUCUAUUGAAAACUACAUAAUAUUUAAUGAAACAGUCGUUCGCAAGUCACAAUGGACACUGCAUUGUUAAUUACAUCGAUAUUAUUGGUCGUUGUUCUAUUAUUAGUCGCGUUACAUUUUUGUAUCCAUGGUAAUAGAAAAGGAUAUUUUUGUGACAAAAUCCCUGGGCCGAAAUGGUAUCCAAUUCUGGGCAAUGUUUUAGACUUAGCGGUAUCUCCUGAAAACUUUUGGAAUUUUCAUCGUCGUUUAGCCAAAGAUUUUUAUCCAGUUUACAAGUACUGGCUUGGAACGUGGCCUGUUGUUAAUAUUUAUCAUCCUGAUGAUCUGAAGGUACUAUUCGGUAGCUCGAAAAAUACUGAAAAAAGUCUAUUCUACGAUUUUCUACGUCCGUGGUUACAAAAUGGACUAGUCACUAGUGAAGGAAACAAAUGGAGAGGAAGGAGAAAGAUCCUGACUCCAGCAUUUCAUUUGCACAAUCUUAGUGAAUACAUGGAGUCUAUAGUCGACCAUACGGACCGUAUGAUUAAAAAACUAAAAACAGAAGCAACGUCGGAUGGAGUUAUCAAAGAACUUUUACCGUUACUUUCAACGCACACUCUUAAUAUAAUUUGCGAAUCUGCAAUGGGAAUUACCACCAAAGAGAAUGAUCCUGAUAGAGAAAAUUAUAAAAUGGCGGUUCAAAGAAUCGGAGAAAUAAUGUACUACAGGAGUUUUAGACCAUGGUUAAUGAAUGCUUGGAUUUUUGGACUGACGGCCAAAGGUCGGGAACACGCUGAAUCAUUAAAAGUGCUUCAUGACUUUUCUGAUAAAAUAAUCAAAGACCGUAAAGAAUAUCAUGAAAAAACGGGAGGAAAAUAUUUAAAUGAUUUUAUGAUGACAACUGGUGGUAAUACAAGUUCCCAAUCCAAUGGAAGCACAAAACGUAAGAGACUCGCUUUCCUUGAUCUUUUGAUCGCCGCUUCAAAGCAAGGACUCGGAAUUGAUGAUCAAGGUAUGAGAGAGGAGGUUGAUACUUUUGUUUUUGCGGGUCACGACACUACUGCUAUGAGUUUGUUGUUUACUAUUUUACUUUUGGCUGAGCACAAAGACAUUCAGGCGCGAGCAAGAGCAGAAGUUGAUGAAGUAUUUAAAGAAAGCGAUGGUAAAUUAACUAUCGAUGAAAUUCAACGUUUCACAUACUUAGAGUGUUGUAUAAAAGAGGCUUUGAGACUUUAUCCGAGUGUACCUGUUAUAUCAAAGACAACUCAAGAAGACACGCAAUUCAAGCAUUGUUUUGUACCGAAAGAUACUAUUCUACUUAUCUACCCUAUUGAUACUCAUCGUGAUCCAAACUUUUGGCCACAGCCGGACAUUUACAAUCCCGAUAGAUUUUUACCAUCAGAACAAUUGGAGAAAAGACAUCCCUUUUCUUUUAUUCCAUUCAGUGCUGGCCCUCGUAAUUGUAUAGGACAAAAGUUUGCAAUGCUUGAAUUGAAGACCUUGAUUGCUGGAUUGCUCCAUAACUUUUAUUUCGAACCUCAAGAUAGCGCAGCAUGUGUACGUAUUGUACCUGAUCUUGUAAUCCGACCCGCACAUCCGGUUUAUGUUAAAUUUGUACCGAUCGUUAAAGAAGAUGACAAUUUUGAUACAUAUCUUUGAUAUUAACGUAUUAUGAUAUAUAUUUUAUUACUAACAAUGAUUAGAUUAGUAGUUAAUAGAGAAUUAUCUUCAGUGCUCAAUUAAAAAUAAUUGUAAGAUAGUUAAUUUUUUAUGUAAGAGAUAAUAGGAUUUAAAUAUUGCUCACACAUUAACACUUUGCAUAUAUAUUACACGAAAUUAAGUUUAUAUAGAUUUUAUGUAGAACAAUUAUACAUUGCACAUAACUAUAAAAUAAAUUUCUAAAUAUAUUGAUA